AUGAAGACAAAACACGGAGCCUCGGUCGAAUCGUUCGACCUCACUAACUCCAAGGACACGGUGGGAAAACUGCAGCAACUUCUGGUUUCCAUUCCACUUCUGUCACAAAAUCUGGAGGUGAGUUCCAACGACAUAUCCUUUGCGAGACAACUGGGGACUGGGGACGUUUCAUCGUUGAGUACGUCUAAUGUCCAUUUUGAGCCCAAGCAUAUUUCUCCCAUACAUAUCUUGGGUGAUGGAGACCUCUCGCUUGUUCACUUUGAAACGAAGGAAUCGUUGCAUAAACGCUCAAGCUAUUCAACAGAUGAGUCAGGAAAAAGAGAGCCUUCUCCGGCAGAAACGUACAACAAUACGCUACUUGUGUCUGGAACCCAAGACAGCAAAGUUGUCAGACGAAAAUCAAUUUCCAAUGGCUCAACUGUAGAAUCGCUAUCCUCCGAGCCCACCAUUGAAACUGACGGGACCGAUUGUCAUACGUUCAAUCCAAGCGAGUUCUCAAAUUUGGAGCUUGACCAUAUUCUUGAAAGCCCAUCAAAGCUCCACGUCCAUCCCAAAAAAGACAAAGAGUUCCAUAACUUAUUCAAGAAGAUUCCCGCCAGUGAGCAUCUCUUAGCAGAUGUCUCAUGUGCUCUUUCGAAGGAUAUUUUGGUGCAUGGAAAAAUGUAUCUCUCGCCGAAUUAUAUCUGCUUCAACUCAAAUAUUUUAGGAUGGGUCACGAAUCUCGUUGUACCGAUUCAAGAAAUCAUCCAAAUUGAAAAGAAAUCUACCGCAGUUUUGUUUCCCAAUGGCAUGGUGAUUCGUACACUUCAUCAGAAAUAUGUUUUUGCGACUUUUCUCUCGCGUGAUACAACUUUCAACAUGAUAACUCAAGUAUGGCACAAUGCAUUACAAGACAACAGUGCCGACUGCUUUACGAAAUCAAGAAGAAGCCUAAGCAGGAGGAAGCCUUUGUCGAAAAAAUCAACCACUAAAGAUUUGGGAAAUACAGAUGAAAUGGCUUCUGCCCAGUCAACAAAAACUUCGGAAGAUGAUCAGAGUCUGCUUCAUACCAGUGAUGCUAAUGAUAUAACCUUUUUGUCUAAAUCUUCCGAAAAGAGUAAACUUAAAGACAUGAAAAGGUCGACAGGUGUACAGGAUUCUUCAGUACUGGGAACUGAGUCUGAUAUCGAUACUGAUAGCAUUGAUGGUCACAAAGCCCCCCAACCCUCUUUGAAUGACAAAACAGGCGAGAGUAUUUUCAAAGGUUUUCCUAACCCGGGUCCAAAACGCCAUUCUCAGACAUCAUUUGAACAUGAGAAAGUGGAUGGCGAGGUAGAAAUUUUACAACAUACAUUUAAUGCUCCACUAGGUGUUGUAUACAAUUUAUUGUAUGGCCCUGAUAGUUCUGCGUUUGUGAAAAUUUUGGAAGAGGGAAAGAACUUUGAUAUUAGCAAGGAAAAGCUAACAGAGCUCGAUUCCCAGCAUAAAGAGCGAGAGUAUUCGUAUACUAAGCCUUUAAGCGGUCCGAUUGGACCCAAACAAACUAAGUGCAACAUCACAGAGACCCUCCAUCAUUUCGAUUUCGCGAGCUACUGUGAACUAGAACAAGUGACAAAAAACUUAGAUGUGCCCCUGGGUAACUCUUUCAAGGUAAAAACACGGUUUUAUUUCACUUGGGGACCAAAAAACACCACAAAUUUGACUGUUUAUACCUUUGUCGAGUGGAGUGCAAAAUCCUGGAUAAAACUGGCGGUAGAGAAAGGCAGUUUGGACGGUCAAAAAUCCUCCAUGAAGGUGCUAACAGACACAAUGACUGAUGUUCUCCGUAGUGGUGGCUCGGGAACAGCAAAGAAGAAGAGAAGAAGAAACAAGUCUGAAAGUCAAUCGGCUCGCAAAGCCCCAGAACCUUCCAAGCAAACUCCAGAACCGCGAAGUCUUUACAAGCAAAUUCUUGAGAUUUUGGAUCAUAUUGGACAGACAAUUCCUAUUCAGAUUCCAAUGUUAAACAGCACUGCCACUGGUGGCGUUGUUUUGUUUUUCUUGUCGCUAUUAUACUCCUAUAUCCUAGUAAGUCUUAUGGGGGGUAGAUCGAGUGGUGCGCCUGCUUCCAAAACAGUGUUCUUAGGCAACAACAAGUACGUCAUGAUGCCCUCUCUGGAGAUAUAUCUUAACGACGAGCAAUUCAGGAAACAAAAUGAAGCGCAAUUGUGGAAUUGGAUCUCAGCGAGGACGGGAGAAGGAAACCCAGACGCACGACAUGAGAAAAUGUACGAUGAAAAGUACGCCGAUGAAAAUUUCAAAGAAAUAAUACGGAUGACAAAAAAGCGGAUUGAUGUAUUAUGUCAAGGAAUUAUCUGA